AUGCAACGUGUCCAACAACUUCGUCCACUUCUUCCGAAAGGACACGUGUCAUAUUAUAAAGAUCAAAUAUUGGUAACCAAGGGUGAAGGACAAUUUCUGUUCGAUCAAAAUGGCAAAAAAUAUUUGGAUUUUUUCGGUGGAAUUGUCACUGUUUCAGUGGGACAUUGUCAUCCGUAAGAUUUUAUUUUGAGACUCCUACAGUAGUCUUUUCGCGGUGAGACACAACAACUAUAUUCUUGGAACGGCGAGAUCAAGUGCGCUCCACUAAGAACCGAGCAAUUGUUGGGCGGGAAAUUUGAAUUGUUCAAAUUAUUUUUUUUUGGGAAAUUUCUAAAUGCGCUCUAAUGAGAAUUUUUCUAAUAACUUUCAAAAUUAGAAUUUCAAGCGCGCUCCACUGAGAAUCGAGCGAUUUCUAGAGAAUAUGAAUUUCUGAAAAUAAGCGAAAAAACAUUAGUGAUUUCUUCAUAGGCGCAACAAUCAAAACACACAUGGGUCUCGCCGCGAACGAAAACUACUGUAGAAAAAUGAUUGUUUUUCUUUUUAUUUCGUACCAUCGUCUAAAUACGCCGUUUCAAAACAACUUUUUUGCAGAAAAGUCAACGCAGCUCUCCACGAACAAUCCAAAAAACUCUGGCACACCACAUCAAUUUAUCACACCGAGCCAAUAUACGAAUAUGCUCAAAAACUAACUGCAAAAUUCCCCGAUCCUCUAAAAGUCGUGUAUUUAGUGAAUUCCGGAUCGGAAGCAAAUGAUUUGGCGUUGGCUUUAGCGCGUAAUUAUACAGGAAGAUUUGAUGUGAUUUCAAUGCGAAAUGGAUAUCACGGUAUGACACAAACAGUUCUUGGCGCAACAAAUUUGGGAAAUUGGAAACCAGUCUAUCCACACGGAUUCAACAUUUUCAAAUCAUUGAAUGCCGAUCCUUAUCGUGGAAUUUUUGGAGGAGAUAAAUGUCGUGAUUCUCCAUGUCAAGUUCGAAAUCGAAAAUGUGCAUGCUCGCCAGGCAAAUGUGAAGCCGCGGAUAAAUAUAUUGAACAAUUUGAUGAGAUGCUUUUACAUGAUUUCUCUCAUUCUUCGGGACCAGCCGCAUUUUUGAUUGAAAGUAUUCAAGGAGUUGGUGGAACUGUUCAAUAUCCGAAAGGAUAUUUGGCACGAGCUUAUAAAUCGAUUCAAUCGAGAGGUGGAUUGGCGAUUGCUGAUGAAGUUCAGACUGGUUUUGGUAGACUUGGAUCACACUUUUGGGGAUUCGAAUGUGAGUUCAGGUUACCUUUUGCCGCAAAGAAUCCGUAAUUUUUGAAACCUGCUUUUUUGCAAGAAAAAUCAAAGAUCUACAAAAUUUUCAAACUGAAAUCUGUUUCAGCACAAUCCGCAAUGCCAGAUAUCGUAACAAUGGCAAAAGGAAUCGGAAAUGGUUUUCCACUCGGAGCUGUUGUUACAACCAAAGAAAUCGCCGAUGCUUUCAACAGAUCUCUUUAUUUCAACACUUAUGGUGGAAAUCCACUUGCAUCAGCCGUCGGAAAAGCAGUUCUCGAAGUGAUUGAAGAAGAAAAAUUGCAAGAAAACAGUGCAAAUGUUGGAGAUUAUUUCCUAAAACAAUUGGACAGCCUUUCGGAAUCAGCAAUUGGAGAUGUUCGUGGAAAAGGUUUGAUGAUUGGUGUCGAAUUAAUCGAUGAGCAAGGAAAACCAUUAGCCGCAGCAAAGACAGCAGCCAUAUUUGAGGAUACGAAAAAUAAGGGACUUUUGAUUGGAAAAGGUGGAAUUCAUGGAAAUGUUUUGCGAAUUAAACCACCAAUGUGUAUUACGAAAAAAGAUGUUGAUUUUGCUGUUGAUGUUAUUUCGAAAUCUAUUAAACAAUUCAAAUAA